AUCUGCCCUCCUUUUGGAGCACAAUAUAGCUGAAAGAACAUCUCUUAGUAUAAAAAAGAUCUUCUAGUAAAGGGGUCAUUCUCAAGAGGAAAUAUUCUACGUUGAAGAUUACUUUCAGAAGGAGGGACAAUGUACGUUCUUCUAGGGGAGGUAUUUCGGUCUAUGGGACUAUCCCUGACCAAGAAGAUGUGCGCCAUGACCAUUUUGGCCGUCCCUUUACUAUUGCUCCCGCCGCUAUGGUACCCAGAUAGAUCCGCUCCAUCCAAAGUCCGCUUCCAAGUAUGCACCAACUGCCGCAACAACAGAAGCAGAGACAGCUCUCGCAUAAAGAUCGCAGGCUCAAAAGGCUCCUCAUAGGAACCCUCCUGCGCAGCCUUCUCUUUUCCUCCUGAGCCUCCCCGGCCUGGUGAUGAUGGCCAAGAAUUAAUGGGGAAGAGAGGUAAUUUCUAUCCACG